CGAUUGAUCUCUUGUACCUGCAUGUGGCACCGAGAGAAUAUUCUGAUGCAAUAGACGUCAGAAAGUAUUUUUCAUUCUUCCGACAAACCAGUUAAAUAUAUUCUCGAAAUAACCAAAUUACGUACAAAAAGAAAAGUUCUCUGUUUCUUAUCAACAUGACCGAAGAGGAUUCGAUCUUUGAUCCUACUAUGAAAAUAAAGAAGAAAAAAAAGAAGAAGACUACUUUCGAUCUCGAUGCUGCAAUGGCUGAGGGCGGCAGCGGUGGUGAAGCCACCGAGGGCAUCGGUGAUAAGGAAAAUCAAGAGCCAGAAUCGGGAGCGAUAGAUGACGACGAAGGCCUUGAUCUAGAAAAUUUUGGUAAAAAAAAGAAAAAAAAGAAGAAGGCAUUCAAUCUAGAUGAACUCGAUAUGGCUCUCCCAGAAAGCAAGAAGGAAGAUGGCGCAGAGCCAAUCGGUGAAGAUGGGCCUGCGGAAAGUAACUUUGACCUGGAUAUGGAGUUCUCGGGCAAAAAGAAGAAGAAAAGGAAGAACAUUCUUGAUAACCUGGUAGCUGAAGAGGAAAAGAAGGAAGCAGAAGAUAGGGAAAAUGGCUUCACUGAAUCUGAGCGAAGUGUAGAAACUGUCGAGGACACCACGUCGUGGCUUGGUUCAGACAGAGAUUACACAUAUGAUGAGCUACUAGCCAGAGUAUUUGAAAUAAUGAGAGAGAAAAAUCCUGACAUGGUGGCUGGAAAGAAGCAAAAGUUUGUCAUGAGGCCCCCGCAAGUCGUACGAAUCGGCACCAAGAAAACUUCUUUUGCAAACUUUACUGAGAUUUGUAAAACACUGCACAGACAGCCGAAGCACUUACUGGACUUCCUACUGGCUGAACUGGGAACCAGUGGAUCUGUUGAUGGAAAUAGUCAGCUUAUUAUCAAGGGUCGCUUCCAGCAAAAGCAGAUAGAGAAUGUACUAAGGAGAUACAUCAAGGAGUAUGUUACGUGUCACACGUGUCGCUCCCCUGACACCAUAUUGCAGAAAGAUACUCGGCUAUUCUUCCUUCAGUGUGAAUCGUGUGGGUCUAGGUGCUCCGUCGCUAGCAUCAAAUCUGGUUUCCAGGCUGUGACUGGAAAGCGUGCGGCUAUCAGAGCAAAAACGACUUAGACACACUUAUGGUGAUAAUGAGCGCGAAAGAAAACACAAACCCAAAAUUAUCACGUACGUUAUUAUUCUCAAUAGAAAAAAAGUUAAAUAAAACAUUCAAUACAUACAAAGAGCUGCUAAAUCGAACUUUUACAAUAAUUUUACCGCGUACGUAAAUGUAAAGAGUGUAUGUUAUGUACUGUACCUUUUGUCACCUUGUACAUAGCCUUACUACAAUAAUAAUAAUAAUAAUCAAGGUUUUAAAUAAAACGCUGUUCAAACUGCAAUUCGUAAAAGUAAUGCUAAGAAAUAUUAUACUAAAUCAAUUUCCAACAGUUGCAAUAUAUAAUCAGAUGAAUUAAAUUGAUGUCAUGAAGUGUUCACGUUCGUUUCUUAUAGGUAAUGUACACAUCUGUAUUUACUAGCCAAUAAAUUCAUCUCAAAAUCA